AAGGGAACCAAAAACACUUUUAUUCGUCUAGUAAUUGAUACUAAUAAUGAAUUGACUAAACGUUACUAGAGAACUCGAUCGGUAACCUUGCUCUCUAUAUCGUAGUCAGUGCAUGACUUAAGGAAACAAUUUCCAAAUGAUAAAAAGAGAGAAUAGUUAUCUGACCAAGAUCGACGUGUCAAGAAUGACUUGGUCCAUGGCCCAGAUCGUAUGCCCUUCCACGAUCACCUAUAAAAAUACCCCGUAGACGCAUCGUACACUUGCAUUUAGUAUUUUUCCAUCCAUUCGUACGUAUCAGUAUUGUACGUAAACACGUACGUUUUGAUUAAACUUUAUUCGUGUUAAAAAAAAAAAAAAAAAAAAAAAAAAUCAUCGAAAGUACGAUCGAUAAUCAAUCGGGGAUUCAGAGAUGUUCCUCGAGAGAUCAUCCAUCGAUCAUUUCGAUUGAUCCCGUCGAGAGAACGAGGAUUCGUUAUCCUAAACCUAUCGAAUUUAUUUGUACGAUUAUUUCGAUAAUUCUAAUAAUAAUCAUAAUCGUUAUCAUUGUGUUUAUGCUCGUAUAUAAGCCCGUUUACGUUUGGAUAAAUUAUGAUCGUAAAUAAUUGAAUAAGUUCUCGAACGAAAGAAAAAAAAAAAGAAAAAAAAGCCUAUCGAUUAUAUAAAAAGUAUUUAUAAAAGAAGAAAAAAAACGACAAAAGGAUAAAAGAUGUGGAAAUACUUGAAAAUAUUACUAGGAUUUUAUAUGUUAGUUAUAACAAAGUGUUCAUUAUUGGAGAUGUCUCAAAUGAUGUGGGCUAAAUUUUUAGCAGGUGGUUUAUCAAAAGUUGGUCAAUUAGAUCCAUUGAGAGUGCCAAUGGUGAAGGUCGAUCAAUCCGAAGGGAAUACAAGUUAUCGUAUUAUAUUGAGAAACAUCGAGAUAUUGGGAUUAAACGAUUCGACGAUAGAAAGUAUACACGUGGGACGUGGAAAAUUGAGAUCUAAUUUGAGCGAAUUAGAAGCUGGAUAUGUAACUUACAGUGAUCUUGGUGAUUUAGAAUCAAUUCGAUACAAAUUCCAUACGGUUGUUAACAAUAUGAGAAAUAUAAUGAAUAGCAAAGACGACGUUGCAACGAGCGAAUUUAAUUCGUCACGAUAUAACGAUGAACGAUUUGAAAGGACAAUGCAAUAUCAGCCUGCAAGACAAUCUACUUAUGAAAAAUCAAAUGAAAGUAAUUACGGAAGUUACGAGCAACAACGACAAGCUCGUUUCGAUGAACGUAAUUAUCAAGGAUCUCAAAGAAAGAUGGCCGAAUAUACGACAACGGAUUCUUCUUACGUAAGAAAUUUAAAGAUCGAAGAAAGAAUGGAGAGUCGUCGUACAAAUGAUAAUACAAAAAAUCCCUCGAGCGUUCACGUUGUAUACGCGCAAAGUUUAAACAACACUAAAGCCAACGAAAAAACUAAUAAAAAUGAUAAAGAUGAGAUAGAUUGUUACGAUGGUAAAUCUAACUCAAGAGAAAGUUCAUACUUGACGGAAAAUCACGGAAGUUUUCAAAUGUCUGAACAAAUUCAAAAAGACGUAAAACCAAAGUCAUAUUACGAAGAAAAUCACGAGGAUGUUAAUGUUUCGGCAUCAGAGAAUAAAGAAAUUAAAUUGGAACGACCGAUUGAAGUAUCAAGUAUAUCGUAUUAUAAUGAUCAACGUAGGGAUUAUAAAAUGAACGAUAAUGUCGAUGAAAAAUUGCAACGAUCGACUGAAAGAUCAACAGGUAUAUUGUAUUUUAAUGAUCGACGAGGCGAUAUGAUCGAUGAAAAUUUGAAACAACAAACCGAAAGAACAACUGCAUCUUAUUACACUAAUCAACGUAAGGAUUAUCAACGUAAUGAUAAUGUCGAUGGAAAAAUUGAAAUAAUGUCUCAACGAUCGGAAUCGAUUAAAUCCUCUAAUCAGAGAUUAGAAAAUAAACCGGGUUAUAUUGAUAUAAUUUAUGCCGAUGAGAAAAAUUCGAAUGGAGUUAGACACUUUGGUAACAUGAAAUUGCAGGCUAGUCGAGAAACGAAAGUUUAUGGAUUUGAGGAUGUCAUGAAGGAUAUUCAAGAGAAUGCAAGAAUGUUUAUUCAUAAUUUUACCGAAGGUGAAUCAUUGACAAAGAUGAAUGAUCGUAUUAAAAAAGCAUUAGAAGCGAAAAGAUUAAAAGAUCUAGAAAGAUAUGCAGAAAAUUAUCAAGAAAAGGAAGGAUAUUUUGAGGAGGGUAUGGAAUUGAUUUAUCAUUAUGGCGGAAUGGGAAAUGAAUCGAAGGAAAUUAGACGUAUAAAACGUGCACAUCCGGAAAGUGAUUCAGAGGACGACGUGAUGCACGUGAUUAUGCGAAUACGCGUGCCACUUCUUCGCGUGAAAUCUGAAUACAUGCUCACGGGAAAAGUCGGAGAAGAAAUAUUGAGGGGGAAUGGAUUACUAGCCGGAAAUUUCACCGAUCUUCUCGGUGAUUUCACGGUUGAAUUGAAGAAAGAUAAUAACGAUUCGAUGACGGUACGUGCUACUAGGGCAAAAUUAACAUCGAAAGAUAAAAGUAUCGAUCUUCAAGGAAUGAACGAGGAAGAAGGUCCUGUAAAAUCGAUAUUAAGUCAAGGUUUAAUGGCUGCCGAAGCAGUUGCAGCUAUGCUUGCCGAUGACUUGACAACGAAGGCUCUCAGCGAGAAAACAGCUGAUGCUAUGAUUGAUAGGUAGAUACAUAAAUAAUUAGACACAAACGGUUGAAGAGAUCUAAAUUCAUUGGAUCAAAGAUCUUCAUAAAUAGAUAGAUCUCAACGAGGAA